AUGUCGAUAGAGACCGUGCUGGCACAGUUGAUCAUCGAGGAAGAUAAUUCAAAUAACACCCUCAUAUUCGGUUUGGCAAGUAAUGCUCGUGAGUAUUUUGAAAAGGAACUCACGAGUUCGUCAGGGACAAUGUCCUCAGUAAGAGCUAUGGUAAACUCCCGUACCAGCAUCAAGGUCUUGUUUUUGAGCAAAUUACAGUACCUUUUCAUGUAUUUAACAAAGUUAGAGGUUGAUGAUGCAAAUACUAGCACACGCUAUACAAGCAUGAUUUUCUACGGGCUAGAUGAGCUUUUGAAAUGCGACAAGCAAUCGCUAUGUGCACAGCAAGUUAGAUUGGCUAAUUUGAUCUUCAACGUGACCUUUAAACUCAAGAACAAGCACGAACUUGAAGUUCAGUUCGUGCCAAGCCUUCCUUACGAAUGUAGUGAUCUUAAUAGACUUGAACAGUACUGGCGCGAAAUGACCUCACAUUAA